AUGUGCUCAAUCCAACUCAUCCCAAUUGCCGUCCCCAUCCACCGGUGGGUAUCCACCUUGGUGGCCUCCCGAGGUCUUGACAUAUGCUUACUAUCACAGAGGGGCAUCCACAGGGACCUUGGUGGUUUAUCUAUCGCCUACAUUUCUACUCUCCAUUCUCACUCUUCUCUACACUCAACACACACAUAA